CAUCUGCCUAGCCCGAAUCUCCCCUUUCCUUCGAGCAGUAGUAUACCAUCACGGUGUUUCUCGGUUUGCCGGACCUAUUGGACUACCUCGGUUGCCUUGACUUGUGCUGGUUCGACCCGGUUCGUGUUGCUUUGUUGUCCCAUCUGUCCCGCAAGCCCACACAGGCGUUGGCACCAGAGAUAGCAGGCGGCGGACCAACCAUGUCAUACAUGCUAGACCGCCCUGCCCCCAGCAUGACCAGCUCGGCUUUUGGGCGCCAGUACGGCGGGUCCCCUGCACCUCCCCGCAGCGUUUCGUCCGGGGUCGGAGACACUACCGGCAGCUCAUCUUACACAGAUGAUGAGUCCGAGUUCUUUGACUUCGAUCUGUGGGACAAGAAUACCCGCGGCGUAGGAACGGAUGCAACCACACCGUCGAGCAUCCCUCCGGAAGAGAGCCUCGCGCCUAGUCCCCCGCUUCUGGGCCCGGGAAGUUCCAUUGCCACGCCUCCCAGCCACGGAGAGGAUGUCCCAAUGUUGGAUGUUGAUUCCCACGAGACCCAACCGCCCCACGUGUGGCCGGGAAUCUCGGGCCCUCACCCCCCAAGAGAUGGCGCCAUUCACUUCGAACAGUCAACCGAGACACAGCGUGGCAUGUCUCGACCGCCUAGCAGCCCAAAUAGCUCUGAUAUGCCCUUUCUCGGCCAGUUACAGGCCAUCUUGCCUCCAGGCCAGAAGAAAACCCGAACGGUUAGGAACCCAGUGGAGACAAGCCAAGUGCGGAAUAUCAAGGCUUGUUAUUGUUGCAAAAUAAGCAAAAGCAAGUGUGACACGGCCCUGGUUUGUGAGCAGUGCAACAAAGGACCGUUGCCUGAGCAAGCAUGUAUCCGCAAAACAUUGUGCGAAACACUUGGAAGCGCGUACGCGCGUUGGAACUGGAAUGACGCAGAUAUAUUGUUGCCAGGCCGCGCACAAUUCGUCGAGGAUCACCCACUUCGCCUCUUGAUCUCCUUAUCCGACAGUGUCGAUGGUCCCUUUCUGGAUCUAGUGGCUCACCCCUUCAAUCUGCCGAACCAGAAGGAUCGGGGCAUUCUCCGAUGGGGCAUCAUACGCGAUCGGUCGCCUGGCCUAGAGGGGAUGAUUUGCGAAUGGAUGAAGUCCCAGAUCCUCAAUGAGAAAAGCACAGGCUUUGAAGCUCAAAUAGAUAAGCUCCUAUGCUUGUCAGUGUCUCGGCAGGAAGCACUUAGCCAAACAGAGGGACAUACUCAGGCCUGGAUGACGCUGUUGCGCGAGCUUCUCGAGAUGAAAUGCAUGCUAAAGAUUUGGAGUUGCAAGCAACUGUUUUUCGCUCUGAAACGGGGGUCUCCACCAAUUCCGUUUGACCCGCGAUUGGCGUCAAUCCAAGACUCUCUUCGUGUGCUUGCCGCCGAGAAGAUAUCGGAGCUCGAGCGGACUGUCGUCAAACAGAUCCAAGAGAACUUCGUUCUCAAGAAAGACACCGCUAAGGAGCCAGGCGCCUCGCCGACCAAGCGCGCCAGCUUCGACGGCAUCAGGUGGCUAGUGUUAUGGCAGAUGAUCCUCAUCUACCGCAAGUCGCUGGGAUGGAUGCUGGAACAACAACAGACAAAUGCUGCUCCAAUACCGAUAGCAGUGGCGGGAAUCGAGAAAAGACACAACUUCCGUGAGACAACUAAGCAGUUGUUGAAUGCCAUCACAAUAACCUACUCGGCGUUCUUCCACAAGAAGAAGGUGCAGAAGCUCAAAGCCGCCGGAACUCACGAGUUCUCAAAAGACCCCGAGACACAGGAAGCCUUUGCACGAGCGUGGCAAGGACUGCCUGAGUUCUUUGAGCAAGUGCGGGGGCAGGUCGCGCCCACCGAUGAGCUUUUCAAAGCGUACAUCGUCGAGAACGAAGCAGACAUCUUGACGAAAGGAAUCAAUACUCGAAAGUGAGAGCGGUGAUGGAGCUUAUAGCGCCAAGCACUCGCUAUUACAUUGCCGAUGCACGGUGAGAUUCACUGUAUGCUCGGCCGACUUUGGGAUACCGCAGGUGUUAUGAGGCGUUUGGGGGUUUAAAAAAAGGGGAGGCAUUACCCACACGGGAAUAUCUGGGUCUGGCGAUGAAUGGCAGAUUGAGUCUCGAAGCCAGCUCGGGCAGCAUGGCUAUGAAUGAUGACUUUUGCGUUUUGAUUACCGAACGAACUGUUAUAUAUCCGGGGCGUACUGAAGCCGGGCGAUAACAAUGGUGUUGAACCGAGGAAAGUUGACGAUAUAGCCCACCAAUGUCAGAUUGUUGUUCAC